AUGAAAUGUCCAAAACUGCAGGAAGUAAAAGUUUCUUCACAUACAAAUGACAGUAAUCACUCACUUAUCAGAGACCCGAUAACCCGAGAUCUCCUAUCCAUUGGAUCAAAACCCUAUUUUUCCUAUCUCUCCGACUGGAUCGACUCUUCCCUCAAACUCUCACUCUCUCAGUCUCCACUCUCCAGCCGAGAAACAAAAACGGAGAAGCCCUUCCAGCCCAGACGGAAAAACCGACGACCUCCCUCCCUCCCUCAAACAUCGCGAACCCAGAAGGCAGAAACAUCGCGUCUUGCCGUCUUCGAUUUGGUUGAUGCAGCCGGCCCCGUCUGGGAUUUGGUUGAUGAACCAUCUUCGAUCUGUGUUGGCCAUGGCUCAAUCCCUGCAGUGAGUGCAAUUCAGUUUGACAGUUUCAUUCGUGACCAGAUUUCCCAAUUUCUCCCAAUGCAAUUUAAAGGCUUUAGAGGUGAUUGAGCAAAACCCAGAGCGGCAGAA